AUGGCGGACGAAAAAGACCAGACGUUUUUAGAGAAGCUGCUGUUCUACACGACCGCGUUCUUCAUCCUCCUUGGCACCUUCAGCCUCUUCGCCUUCCUCUUCUUGGUCCCCUUCGUCAUCGACCCCGCCUUCACCACGAUCUUUAUGGAUUUUGACACACGACCGGCCGAGUGUGUCACCAUAGAUGUUGAGUCACGUAGAGGUGCUAGCAACUGCUCGUGGACCUCGUGUAGAGAAGGUUGUACCAAGGAACUUUACGAUUGUACGCAAAUACGCGUUAAUUACAAACUACCAGUUAAUGAAACUCAGUUAGAUGGGACCGACAGGGAGGGCAGGGCGGGAGGAGGUGUCGAGGGCGACGAGGCCGGGUACAAGUCGAGAUAUGAACGUUCACCGAGGGAUUACAAUAAUUACAUCGAGGAUUUUGACGACGAGUUUGAUGAAGAUGAUAUUGAUAAUAGACUGCCAAAACCUUUUCCUACAGGUCUGAUGGGCAACGAUUCCGAGUGGUAUUUCACUGGUGCUAAAUUAUUUCCCAAUGUAAAAGGCUGUGGAUACCCUCCAAUACUCAAUUGCAGUAUUUUUUACAAACAGUACACUAAAAUAGGACAUAAUUUUAGUUGUUACUAUUCUAAAAUAGAUCCUGGAAUCGUAUUGAGUGACCUUGAUAUGUGGCAGGUUUAUAUGAACCUAGUGCUUGCGAUGGCAAUACCAAUACCGUCUUUCAUUAUUUCGGUGAUAUAUCUCACCUUCGCCUACUUCAAAAUUUACAACGAAGACGAACAGAAUUUGGUGGACAAAAACAGCGAGGGAGGCGAUAGCGGCGUGGUGGGUGACAAUGAGAAUGCCACGCCGUUUCCACCCACGAGUGGUGCCGUCACCCCCGGAAGCGAGGCCUUCAGAGAGGACCUCGCGAGUUUCGGGCACCAGCUAAAGGUCGCGAUGGCCGACGAGGUCAGCAGAGAGAGUCUUGAUGGGAUACCCAAUUCUGUUUCUACUCAGGGGAACUUGAGCAAGAUGAUGACGACGAGUAUCUUAACUCCGGCUGGGCCGACAGCGGCAGUUUGA